AUGGAACGCAUCGCAUACUCUGGGCAACUGGCAUUGCGCCAGGAGCUCUGCGCUUCGUGCUUGAAGACAUGGCGCAGGUCGCGUGCUUUGACAGAGGCAGGGCGGAUAGGACUUCAAAAUAGCAAUCGGAUACAGCGUCGCUACAAAGGCUAUGUUGCACCAGAAGGCGAACAAGCCAGGCCUAUCACCGGCUUCUAUGCAGACAUGCUGAAGAAACCGCUGUCGGAAGCACAGCCACUAUCCCACACAACGCCCGAGCCGCCAAAAGAGCCACCGAAGACGCAGAAGGAAGAGACAUUUGCAAAAGCCCGUAUCGUCUUUGGAUCUACCACGGCCUUGGAAGAACGUAAACAGGAAAUCAUGAAAUCGUCCCAGAACGUUGCCGGCGUACUAGUCCCUCCGCGACCCGAAGAACCAGACAACUGCUGCAUGUCUGGAUGCGUGAACUGUGUAUGGGACAUGUAUCGAGACGAAAUGGAAGAGUGGGCCGAGAAGAGCGCUCAAGCAAGGGCGGCGAUGCAGGCACAACGGCAGGAAGGAAAAGGCACAGGCAGCAUGGUAGCGGGAGACACAUCACCGAGUCAUGUUGCUACGAGUAUGGACGAUGACGGCGGUGGCAGUGAAACGAAUUGGGACACUGGUUUCGAUGAUGCGGAGAAAGACAAGUUGUUUGACGAUAUACCCGUGGGCAUUCGGGAGUUUAUGAGGACGGAGAAGAAGUUGAAGCAGGCGCAGAAGAAGGCCGAAGCUGCGGCGGCAGCGUGA